AAUAAACCGAAAACGAUAAACCGGGUUUCGGUCUGGUAAGGAUGGUGAAGAAAUUGAUAUAUUGUUUAAAAAAAACUAAUAAAUAAAAUUUGCACUAUUAUUAUUAUGAAAAUAUAAUUAAUGAUAUGAUAUAUUGUUAAGAUAAUAUAAUUAAUAAAAUUGUUAAACUGAGUGAAAUAUAAAAAUACAAUUAAUGUAAUUAUAUUAAAAAUUACUAAAAGAACAAUAUAACUUUUUUAUACUGCUAUCCAUGUUUCCUAACAAAUCUCAUUAAUAUUAUUAUCCAUAUUUCCAAGCAUUACGAAAAAUAUACUUUAAUUUUAAUAAUAUAGAUGAGAAUAAUCUAUGCAAAGCUGAAACCAUUACUCAACAACUGAUUCCCAAUCCAAAUCAGAACAGAAGUCUCAACAACUUCAGAAUAAUUAGGGGGGUGUAUUGAAUUGAGGAUUUUAAAGUGUUUUGGUAUUUCUUUAAAAUCUCCUGUUAUUCAACUAAUGAUUUCUAUUUUUUUCUUCAAAUCCUGUGUUAUUGAAUAUGAUAUUUAUCUAAAGUAGCUUAAAAUCACUUGUAAUCCACUGUUAUUCAAUUAACAAUUUACUAAAAGUAAAUCAAAUCUACUGUUAUUCAAUGAUAAACAAUUUUAAAAGAAAAACUUUAUGAAAUGGAUUUGAAACUAUUUUUUUUUGUUAUUUUCAGUCAAAACUAUCGUUACACAAAUCCCACCAUUGUACCUGUUAUUUGGAAAUACCCAAAAUCAAAUAAAAAAUUGACCACACCUAUGAGAACAGAGAGAGAACAAGAAAGCGAGAGAUCAGAGACGAAGCUUUCCAGAAAAGUACUGAACUUUUGAUUCCCUCUUGUUCAUGAAUCAAUACCCAAGUCGACAAUUUUGGAAGCCAAAGAUUCGAUUUUGGAGUCUCUCAAACCUGAAGGGAGCCCUUUGAUUGUUAGAUUUGAUUUCGUCUCGAGCUUUUCGUUGGAUCCGAGAAAAAGGUUUUGUGCUCUGAAGAAUCUGAGGUUGAGCUAAGGCACACGUCGAUUGAUUUGUUCCUUUGGUGUUCUAUCAAAAGCUUUGGUUCACCCAAAUAAUCUUUGCUUCAACUCUCCAAACUCAAAAGGUUGAGGAAGUAUUCUUCUACGAGACUGCUUGCCAAGUAUGAAAGCUAAGGUAGUAGAUUAGAGCUUUGGUUCUGUCCUUCCAAGUAUGCAAGCUAAGGUACUGCUUGACAAGUAUGCAAGCCAAGUUACCUUCCAAACAAUGGGAGAUCCAAAAGACGUAAAAGGUAAAGGUCAAUACCACUCAUGGUCUGGACCUGAGCACAAGUUGUUAUUGAGGUUACUAGUGGAUGCAAUCAAUCAAGGUUUUCGUGAUGCCAGCGGCAAAUUCAACAAACUGACGGUCGAAUCCAGAAUACUAACAACUCUACAGCAAGAAGUUGGAUCUAAAAAAACCUACGGUCAGUAUAAAAAUAGGAUGAAAAUCUUGAAGGGUAGGUACCAAGUGUUUGCAGAUUUUCUUCGUUGUAGUUCUGGUUUUGGGUGGGACUCUGAAACGAAAAAAUUCACAGCAGAUGAUGAAGUAUGGAAGGUCUAUCUGCAGGCUCAUCCAAAUAAUAAAUAUCUGCGUGAUGAUUCGUUUGAAGAUUUUGAAGAGCUAAGGACUAUAUUUGAACAGAAUACUGCAACUGGGCAGAAUGCUGUGGGACUAGGUGAUUCUGUUGAUGCAGGAUCCUAUCAAUUUGAAGAGAACGAGAAGACAAAUGAUAAUAAUUUUGUCCACGUGAUAGAUGAGGGAGGAGGAAUAGAACACCAGCAAACAUGUGAACCUUCAUCAAGAAAAAGCAUUGGAGAAAAGCUUUCACAUAGAAAGAAAGCUAGGACGGAUUCAUAUAACUCGGAAAGGGUUUGUGAGGAAGUUACAGAAAUCAGUAGCCAAAUUUUUGACAUGAUUCAGAAAAGAUGGGUGAAGGAAGCUGAAGAAAAAGAAGCUGAAGACAAAGCUAACAAUGUUUGGGAUGCUAUCAAGGAAAUUCCUGACUUGGAUGAUGAUUUGCGUUAUGAGGCGAUGACCCUUGUUCACACCUUAGGCAUGAAAUCUGGUUUCGUGAAUAUGUCCAUAACAGAUCGUUGUGGAUGGAUUAAAAGAAAUCUCCGUAAACCAAGUGGCUGAAGUAACAUGAUCGGAGUUCUAAAGAUAGUUCGUCAUCUUGGAGUUUUUAUUUCUUUAAAGUUGAGUUUUUAUUAUUACUUUAGCUAUGGUUUUGUUUCUUCUUUGCAGAAUUGUUAUGAUUUUUGUUCUUUAUAUGUUAUGGUUUUUGUUUUUUUUA